CUUUCCACUCGUUCAAAAUCUCUUCCUCCGCCCCGUGAAUUCUCUGACAAGCAUCGAGUGUGUAGAAUUGACCUCCGAUGGCAAAAGACUCUUGUCAAUACGAGCUCGUCCUUCUGGGGGCAACGGGCUACACCGGAAAGCUAACAGCGGAAUACAUCACCACCAACCUGCCAACCAAUCUGAAAUGGGCUAUUGCUGGUCGCAAUGCAAAAAAACUACAGAAUGUCGCACAGGAGCUAACGAAAUUGGCUCCAGAUCGCAAGCAGCCAGAUAUUGAGAUCUGCGAGCUUCAGAAAGAUGAACUGGACGUUCUAGCUAAGAAAACACGUCUUAUAGUCACGACUGUGGGGCCAUAUAUGUGGUACGGUGAGCCUGUUCUGGCAGCCUGUGCCGAAAAUGGUACCCACUACCUGGAUUGCACUGGAGAGACUCCUUGGUAUCGCGACAUGGUUGACAAAUACGAUGGGAUGGCAAAGAGGAACGGGGCCAUUAUGAUCCCCCAGUGUGGCCUCGACUCUGUGCCCGCUGACAUCCUAACCUUCUUCCUAACAACCCACAUCCGGUACACCCUACACUCCCCGACGUCCUCCGUAGUCCUCACUCUUUACGCCCUAAAAUCAGGUCUCAGCGGCGGGACAGCUGCCACAGCUCUCAACAUCUUCUCACACUACCCACUCAAGAAACUAGCCGCAGAUUUCAAACCCUGGUCAAUUUCCCCAAUGCCCCCGAAUCAACCAUCACGCCCGCCUAAGGCGGCCAAUUUCUUCUACCGCCUGCUUGGUCUACACUACCUCCCAGAAUUAGGCGGGAUACAAACAGUCGGGGCAAUGGCGAGCGUAGACACAUGUUUAGUGCAUCGAUCAUGGGGAAUAUUUGAGUCUCUCUCCAAUGUCGCAAAGGAUAACACCGGCUCCAGCUCCGGCUCCAGCUCAGCCUCCUCGAUUUCCUACGGCCCCCAUUUCCGCUUCACAGAGUACAUGCGCGCCAAAACCCUCUCCUUUGCUGCAAUAUGGCGCAUCCUGUUCAACCUAACCGGCAUACUCCUCGCGUUCCCACCCUCCCGGCUCCUCAUCACCCCCCUCGCCAAAAAAUUCCUCAUCCCAGCUCCCGGCGAAGGGCCAACGAAAGAAUCCAUGAAGAACGAUUUCAUGCACUACCGGGCCGUUGCGAUUGCGGAUUCGGAGGGUAAAGAAAAGGUGGUUGGAAGGCUGGAGGUGGAGCGCGGGGGAUAUGCUAUGACAGCUUUGACGCUGUCUGUUGCUGCAGAGGUGAUGCUUAGAGGAGAUCUUGCUGCCACUGAAGCUGGGAAGAUUGGGGGUGGGAUUUUGACACCGGCGACGUUGGGCGAGCAGUACGUGGAGAGUUUGAAGAAGGCUGGGUGUAAGAUUGAGGUUGGGAUCUGACGUGAGGGAUUCAGUCCGCAUUUCAUAGUUCGGUUUGAUAAAAG